UCCUAUUCAGCAAAUGUAAUUCAUUCUGGGGAAGGUUUAUCAAUCGGUUUGCAGUCAAGUACAAUUUGUAAGUGAUAGCCAGUCAAAACGCUGUGUUUUUCAACAGCCAGGAGACCCGGCGGUGUAGGAUAACAACGCCACUUUCUGUUUGGCUCUUUAACUGUUAUUCAAUAACUAACUGGACCUUAUGUUGGCGGAUGUCAAAAUGUCAGAAGGCAUCCGGAAUUAGGACAAAGUUGGUGGUGUUCCCGAGUUGUCUCUGUUUGCCGUCCAGUCUGCGAAGAACGUCACUGCUGCCUAUAAAUACCGCGGCGCCCCAACUCGCCAGAGUCUGUAAAGUUUAAAACCAGCAGCUUUGCAGCAAUCUCCACAUCUCUGCGCCGAACAGACAGAAACACCAUGAGGAAUCUUUGGGUCGAUAGCACAGUCACAUUUUAUGUCCUGUGCAUUGCAUCUAAGGUUGCUGCCCAGCUGUGCCCCUACCCCUGCCAUUGUCCCCCGACUCUACCCCUCUGUGCCCCAGGAGUCCCUCUUGUUGUGGAUGUUUGUGGUUGCUGCCGGGUUUGUGCCAAGCAGUUGGGAGAAUAUUGCACAGGGGUGGACGUGUGUGAUCCUCAUCAGCAUCUGUUCUGUGAUCAGACCAUCAGCCUCUCUGGGACCAGAGGGAUAUGUACCUCACUUGAAGCUGGAACAUGUGAAUUCAAUGGGGUGAUCUAUAAGGAUGGUGAUGUAUUCCAGCCCAGCUGUAAAUAUCACUGUUGGUGCUCGGAUGGAGGAAUUGGUUGCAUCCCACGCUGUAGUGAAGACGUUCGUCUGCAGGGUCCAGACUGCCUUUACCCAAAACGUGUUGAAAUCCCAGGGGAAUGCUGUCCUCGUUGGAUAUGUGAGAAACAAGACAAUGGUAUCUUUGGCGAUGCUUUGGCAGCAUACAGAUCGGAGGUAUUGUAUGGAAGAUAUGUUUCCAAUGUACCUUACAACUGCCCAGAGCAAAGCAGUGAGUGGAGUGCUUGUUCCAGGAGCUGUGGGAUAGGAGUGUCUACCCGAAUUUCCAACAAGAAUGACCGUUGUAUUUUGGAGACACAAAGCCAGCUUUGUAUUGUGAGACCAUGCCAACAUGACUAUGCAAAUGAAGCUCACAUGAGAAGGAAGAUUUGCAGGCCAACAACAAGGGCACCUCAUCCAAUUCAAUUUGAAUACAACAAUUGUAUAAGUGUUAAGGCUUACAGACCCAGAUACUGUGGCUUAUGCUCUGACAGACGUUGCUGCACUCCACAUAAAACUAGAACAGAGCUGCUGGAGUUCAGAUGCAAUCAUGGGAGGAUUGUAAAACAGCAAAUGAUGUUCAUUAUUUCCUGUGUUUGUCAUUAUAACUGCUCCCAUGCUUACAACUAAAGUGUAACUCACUAGAAUACUGCAACAAUGAGAGCAGAUUAUUUCCAUACAAGAUUUUCCUGUGUAAAAUAAAGUGUUGCUAUAUUGAAGAGUUAAAACAUUUAGAAGAGACCUUUGGCUAUUGAAUUACUUCUGUUUAAGAAUAUUCUGUGCAUUCCUUUAAUAUUGAGUUUCCAGCACUAGUUAACAUAAUCUCACAGUAAAAUAAAAAUGGAUAAAGUGAACAUUUUCACUUACCACACAUCAGCCACUAAUUGCUUUGCAGAAAUAUUUAAUUUUUUUGCCACUAUAUUUUGAGGCUGAACUGCUUAACAUUGCAGUAAUGCAUGGAGAACCUUCAUGAAAAUGUUGGAUGUUCAACUGACAACCUUAAUAAGACCUGUUGAGGAUGGUUAAGUCCUCACCCUAAUAUUCACUUGUUGGGCUAUAAGCGUCCUCGACAGGAUGACACUGGGCUGCACUGAUUGCACAAUGUAGGAGAUUGCAGGAACACUGCUCAUACCUUUCAUUUAGCAGAAUGCAGGUGUAAGCACUACGAAGCAUGAUAAUAAGAGUAAGACACAUCUGCUGCAGCAUAAUUGAAGAUUAGACUAUUUAUCUCAACUUAAUCAACAGCAAUACAAUAGUUUGUUACAGUUUUAAUUAAAAAUGAAUACCACUUGCAUGACUGUAUACCAGAGGUGUAAGAGGAUAUAUACUCUAAGCAUUUGUGCUCGGGAGAUGUAUAUUUUUAUUGUAAAUUUCUGUAUAUAACAGGACAUGUUAUCAUCAAAUACUUUUCUAUAGUAAUUAAUGAAGUAACUAGCCAUUGUAACAAUGUACCUAACAAAUGGUAUGGAAUGAUUAUGUCUGUGAAUAAAGUGAUGUGUAAUCAUUUAUCUA